UCCUUGCAGGUGGCUACGGAAAUGAACGUCACUGGAAAAAUCGACACCGAGGAUCGCAAUACUCCCUGACAUGGUAUAUUUAUGGUAAAUAUAUCGUGUCUUCUAAUAAUCAAUCAUCGUAACUGGUAAUUAUUAUGACAAUUAGCGAUAUAUCACAAACACAAUACUCGUAUGUUGUGUUACUUUUCGUUGGAGAGCUAGAGUAAAUAAUGGCUGUCAGUUUCAGAAAAGCAACUAAUGAGGGGAUGAAAAAAAUAGUCAAAUAUUAAUCUUAGCGAAAACAUAUAAGAAAUCCUUUGUAAGGCUGUUAUUGAUGUGUUUCUCGUUUAUUUCAAAAUAACUAAAUCUUUCACAAAAACUAAAUAGACACAAAGAUGUAGGUAUCUUAUACCUUUAAACGAGCAAUUCUUAUGUAAGUAUAUAAUUUUUCAGGGAUCUCGGAACCGCUCUAACGAUUUCGAUGAUAUUUGCUGUAUGGGGGUUUUCGGGGGUGACAAACCCCCAUACAGCGGGUGCUGAUCAAUAUGAUGGCAGAAAUUGCUAAGUGGACGAGGUGACCAAAUUGAACUUAAUACUACUAUAAAAUACUUUUUAAUACACACCUAAGUAGAAGAAACUUUAAGCUUUACUAUUGUUCUGCUACUGGGCACUGGUCUCAUUUUUUUUUAUAAAUAAGGACUCUAAUACCUCUAAAACUUGAUGAUGACUACAUUCGUAAUUUUGAAACGUGAAUUAAGGAUUCUUUACGACAGUAUCCUUCUGUGAAAAACUCGUUGAAUAAUUAAUAAUAUGAAUAUCACAUGCUAUUUUUUACGGACAGGCAAGGCUCGGAACCGGUUUUUGAAAUAAAUACCGGUUCAUGUUGGUUUUACUCCUAACUUUUAUGAAAAAGCGUUUUAAGAACUUUGUUGUAACCUAAAUAAACCGGUAUAUUCCACGAGCGACAAGACGGCCAUCCAGCCUGGUGGUGAGCCGCGUUAACCGUUUUUUAUUGUUCUAAACCGGUUAAUCUGACAACAUCUUAAAGGAAAUGUUCUCCUAAAAACCAGUUUAAAAAUAACGGGUUUACAAACCAAACCGAAAUUAAAUGAUUUUGCGAUAAGAGGAUAACGGUUUGGGAAUUUAACCGGUUUUCGAGCCUCGCGGACAGCAAAUAAAAUAGUCACACUGACUGUUGACCCGUAAUAUCUAACACUGCAACAAUCUAGUAAGUAACUAGUCUAAUAUCUGUCCACCAAUUAAUAGCUUUAACAGCACAAACAAUGUCAACAGACAAUCAGAGUGGAACCAACAAAUUGCAGAAUCGCGCAGCUACUUUUUUUACACUCACCAGACCCACGGCGCGGCGACUGCUCGACUUUUUCUAUUUUUUGAAAGCUCUUUACUAUAAAACUGUCUUAUUCUCCCUUUCUAUCCUAUUGCUCGGGUAGUCACCGAAGAAAAUGUAUCGAUUUUUGUUAGUUACUCUGGCCCUAGGGUCAACUUAUGCGUUAUUGGACGGUGACAUAGAUAUAGCUGAUGGUGUUAAGUUAGUUAGUAUACCAGUGUCAAACAGUUUGGAAGAUGAAGGGCGGGGUUUUGGUGAUUCGCCGCUGUUUCGGAUAGCGAAGUUCCUGCAAGGGCAUGAGUUGAGAGUGAAGUUACCAAACUUGGUUGAGAAGGACAAGAUUAGCAAGAUCGUUGAGGAGUCGCUGAGGACUGUUGAUGAGACUUACAGGAAUAGUUCAGGAACUGGACGAGGAAAAGGCGGCGGCGGCGGUGGUUCCAUUGCGCUCCUUGGCAUGAUGAUGGCCAAGACACUUGGCGCAGUGGGGCUUGGUGGAGUGGCUCUCUUGACUAUGAAGGCCCUAGCCGCCUCAGCACUAGCCCUGAUGCUCUCAGCCAUCGUCGGAGUCAAGAAAUUGGCAUCGCACGACGACCACGAAGAUCACCAAGUCAUCUACGCCGGACACCACGGACACCACAGGAGAAAACGAGAGGCCCCUCUGCCUUACAGAGGAUGGGCGAAGCAUUGAAAAAAAAGACAAACAGUUGAAGAGUUAUCGUUGAGAGAUUUUUAACUAGAUGGCGCUGUGCGGUAUAUUUUGCGGUAACUAAUUGGGAAAGCGGGGAAAGUUGAUAAAAUUGUUGAUUGCGCUCUGAUCUUUUAUUUGCUAUUUGACAGUCGGUCAAAGCAAGCGCUUUCAACGAUGGUACUUUUUUAGUAUUUGACAAUGCCAUAGAGAAUGAAAUUGAUUAUUGCAUAUCUCAUUGUCAAGUCCCAUUUUCUGAUUAAACUGUUAAAUGUACAGCGACAUGCAUUUCUAGUUCAGGGCUAUAACCGUGAAAACCGAAGUUCGUCAAUUGCAGGCAUUUUUCUCUGUCACUCUAAUUACGUCUUAGUGAGAGUAAAAGAGAAAGGUCUCCGCAAUUUGCGUAUUUCAAUUUUCGCGUUAGGCCCCCUGGUGCCAAGAUCCCGGAUGAUAUAUUUUUCAACUGUUCGAUUCUUUUAUUGGUUGAGCGAACGAAACGAAACGAUGAUUAAUUUAUUCUAUUUAUUACUAUUCUAAUUAAAUUAUUUGAAGUAAA